AUGCCUAGUAAAAUAACUGCUGUGCUGUGCCUUGUUCCAUUGAUUGGCACAACCAUUGCCUGGAAAAGUGAAGGCCAUCUCAUAGUCUCAAGAAUCGCAUAUGAAAAGCUACAAAAAGAAAACCCACAAGCCUUGGCUAAAGCAACUAAUCUACUUCAAUACGCCACCUAGAAAAAUCCAUCUUUGAAUUCUGCUGAAGGUGAUUACCCAUUCGUUGAGUCAUCAACUUUCGCAGAUACAAUCAAAUUCAGAGGUGGAGCAUGGCAAAGUGAUUGGCACUUUGUCGACACACCAUUCCUCGACUAAGGUGAUGACAUCUCACAAUACCCAGACUUUAAGUUCAACCCAGAAAACAUUACUACUGCCAUUCAAGGCAUCGCCUCUUGGAUUAAUCAAGAUUCAGACUAUUAAAACAACUUUGUUUACCAGACAAUGAUGCCAAAGAUGGAAAACGAUGAGAAAUAUGGGCAAUCGUAUGCUCUUAGACUACUCAUCCAUUAUCUUGGAGAUAUUCAUCAACCACUCCACUGUCUUUCAAGAGUUGACUAGCAAUACCCAGUUGGUGACAGAGGCGGAAAUAUGUUCCCAGUUCCCAAUCACUAUGAAGCUAAGAAUCUUCACUCAGUAUGGGACUCAGUAGUCUAUGAAUUCCAUGUCAAUGACAAGCUCGUAAGCAUAUCUUAAUAAAUAAUCUUCUAGCCAUAUACCAGCGAAACCUGGGAUAAGAUCGGAAGCUCAGUUCAAACCUUGAUGAGCAACAAUGCAAUUAAACCAUCAGAAUACAAAAAUUUUGACGUCUUCAAUUGGGCAUAAGAUACCUUCGAGCAGGGUAACCCAGCAUAUACUGGUGUGACUGAAAACGAAAAGGUUCCAGAUGCCUACGUAAGCAAAGAGCAACCAGUCGCUGAGCGACAACUCGUCCUCGGUGGUUAUAGACUCGCUUACUUGAUUGAGACUCUAUUCGGUUCAUCAAGAGUUGCUGAGGAAGCCUCUCUAUUCCUAUAUUGA